UUAGAUUGUAGAGCUUUUCACGCUGCAUCUUGUAGUAUAUUUUGUUUUUUAAUAAAACGUAUUUAGAGAUUAAAAUAUGAAAUGCAAAUUGCGGCUAUUUCUUAUGGAUCAUACAUUUACUUUUUACAGCUGUUUGUAUGUCUUUAGUUUUCGUCUUUUUUCAAAUAUAUUUAAAACAGGUUUAGGCCUAAUCAUAUAUGAUUUUGUAGGGAAUUUCAAGCGCUAUCUUUUGAUAAUAAAAGAGGCGUUAAUCACACGGAUAAUAGAGGAGAAAUCUUCAAAAUACUGGGAGGUCCAUUCUUUCUGGGACACCCGUUAAAUAGAAUAUCAUUAAUAAUUCUAACAUUAACUAAUCUUAAUUUAGACAUGAUUGUGAAGCCAACAAAAAAAAAACAGUUAUUUCUUAGAACAUUUCUAAGGCUUUAUUUGAAAUUGAAUUAACAACUAGUUAUUCAAAUUUUCGAAUAUAAAAAAAGCAAAAAAUAUCUAAAUUUUAAUGAAAAUAUUUUCUCUUUAUAGAACGUCGUAUUGAACAAUCUAAUGGUGAUCAAAUGUUUGAAUCAUCUCGUCCUAAUCGUACAUAUUCUUCAUCAUCUAAUAUGCAAAAUCUUUAUUAUUCUCCUCAUCAUGAACAAAAUUCUCCUUUUUAUUCAUCAUUUUCAUCCGACCAUGAUAAUAUUCUUAGACAUUCACGAACAUUACACGAAGAUAAUGAUGUUAUUCUAACAAAUGGUUUUGAACAUCAACAAUUUCAUCAACCGAAUACACGCAAAAUUACUAAAAUUAUACCAAAAGAAAAUAAUUCAUUAAUAAAUAAUCGACCUAUACAACCACGUAGUGCAAGUGCUACAACUAUAAAACGUGAAACUAAAGACUCAUCUCUUACACCAAAUGAUAUACAACGAUUAAAACAUGUUCGUCGACAUGAACCUGCUCAUGUUCAGUCAGAUUCUAAAACAGGUUUAAUUACACCUGAUUCAUGGAGAACUGAUCCGGUUGUUAUAAAAAGACCACCAGGAAAAAAAUCGACAAUAGAAAAUGUUAGUAAACCAACAAAAACGGAUGAUAUAUCACAACCAAUUGUUGAAAAGUCAACUACUGAAAAAAAACACAAACCAAAACGUGAUACAAGUUUGUUCUUUUUUUUAUAAAUUUGUCUUCCAGAGUUUAUACAUGUUCCUAUUGUAACAAUCGAAAAUCAUUUUUUGCUUGAGACCAUUACCAUCCGAUCGGCCAUGAUCAGUAGUACAAAAAAAGUCUGUAUGGGUUUCAUUUUCUAGUCUUCACUUGACGAUUAUACUCAAUUUUUUGUUCUAUGAACAUAGAAUCAUUGAGAAUGUUUCCUCGUAAAGUGAAAGUCUUUAGAGUAUGAGUCAAUAUUAUUUCUGACAUUCUAAAAAUCACUUUGAUUUUUCUGAAACAUUGUUUUUUUUUUUUUAUUAAAAAUUAUGAAUAAUAUACGAUAGAGAAUGUCCUUUAUAAACCUUGUAAACAUGGAUAUUAUAGACGAUGCAAAGUGUUCAAUUGCAAGAAGGUAAUAAAUAAUAGACAAAUGAUUCUAAAAUUUAUCUGAGGUAAAAAAAAUACUAUUGAUAAUAUUCUUCUCGACCUGCAGGCUAAAUUCUAAUUUUAUUCAUAAUCAUAUCUUUUUAUUCUAUUUCAACAAACACAAAAUUAGAUUUUCAUUCAUUAGAUCUUGAUUACAAAAGCUGUUAGCUCAAUUCUUGAGGGAUUAAAAUAUAAAAACACGAUCUAGUUUCUAAGAGAAGGAAGGAAGCUUCACAUCUGGUGUUAGCACGAUGGCAUAUUAGUCUUAAAGGAUUAUUGAAAGUAGGUGGAUACGUGGGCGAUAGUAUCAGUGAGAGUACACAAAAUAUUUUCGUUUACAUCCACAUUCUUUAUAACCAUGUUUCACAAACAAAUUACAUUAUUCUUUUUUUAGUGUACUCAAAAAGUGAGUACACUACUAAAAUCGGUCUGUGUGUCCGUCCAGCCGGCCGUUUACACGAUAACUUUCGAAAGGAGAGUCAGAUUGCGAUGAAAUUUUUUACACAGCUUAGUCUUGACAAUAUCUCGGUCGAGUUCGAAGAUGAGAAGGAUCCGCCAAGAAAUGGCUGAGUUAUCGAAAAAAUUGUGAUUUUUGACCAGACCAUCCCUGAGGGGGGGGGUACAGGGAUUUUUUCAAAAAAAACUUUUUUUCUCAGAAUUAUUCACAACAUAUAUAAAUCGACUCAGUUUUUAACGCUGAUUCUGAAUCUGAUAUUAGUUUUGAAUCGAAUCAUAGUUUUGUGUACUCAAAAAGUAAGUACACUAUAGAAUAGUCAGUGUAUCCGUCCGUCCGGUUGGCUGUUUACAUGAUAACUUUUGACAGCAGAGUCAGAUUGUAAUGAAACUUUCUACACAGCUUAGUCUUGACAAUACCUCAGUCGAGUUCGAA